AUGAAGAAAUUUUUUCCGGUACUCUCUAGAGACAAAGCUACUUCUUCGACUAAUGUAGAAGCAUCGGAAAGUAUCAAAGUUGUUAAUUAUGAAUUGUUGGAAAUGGAUCCGGGAAUUAGGCCUCCAAUUUCAAGCUAUCAUCCCGACAUCCAAAAUGAGGUAAGGAAAGCUUAUUUAAAAAUAGGUCGUCAUCAACCUCCUCACAAUUUCGUUUACCCUUGGUCUAUUCAAGGUAAACAAAAGCGUCGAUUUUGCAAAAAUUGGUUUGAUUUGUAUGAUUGGAUUGAUUAUAGUGAAUCUAAGGACCUAGUGUUUUGUUUGCCAUGUUUUUUGUUUAAAAAUGUUUCUAAGUAUGGGGGGGAUCACUUUGUGGGAGACGGUUUUGUUAAUCAAACUAAGCAAAUGAAUGCCGAAUAUCGUGUUCGUGUAAACACAUCCCUUGUAGCUACUAAGUUUCUUUUGAGGUGUGGCAUGCCAUUUAGAGGGAGUGAUGAGUCUCUUAACUCUUUAUUUAAGGGGCCAUUUCUUGAGUUGGUGGAUACUUUAAAGGAAAUCAACUCGGAGAUAGCUAGUGUAAUUAAUUGUGCUCCGGGAAAUAACCUUAUGACUUCCCCUAAGAUUCAAAAGGAUCUUGCCGCUGCUUGUGCAUGUGAAAUAACUCAACAAAUUAUAUGUGAUAUUGCGGAUGAUGUGUUUUGUGUUUUGAUUGAUGAAUCUGGUGAUGUUACUGGUAAAGAACAAAUGGCUGUUUUUAUUCGCUAUGUUAAUAAUGAAGGUUUGGUAAAAGAAAGGUUUCUUGGCAUUGUAAGUGUUAAAGAAACAAGUGCUAAGUCACUUAAGGAGGCACUUGAGAAGUUGUUGUCUAUUAAUGGCUUGAGUAUAUCUAGCAUUAGGGGGCAAGGGUAUGACGGAGCUAGCAAUAUGAGAGGUAAGUUUGGUGGUUUGAGAACUUUAAUCCAAAAUGAGAAUCCAUCUGCUUAUUAUGUGCAUUGUUUCGCCCAUCAACUUCAAUUGGCACUUGUUGCAUGUGCUAAGACUCACAAAGAUGUUAGUGGGUUUUUCGGUAAGGUCAAUAUGCUUGUUAAUUUCAUUCGAUCUUCUAAUAAGAGACAAGAAUUACUUCGGGACAAACAAGUAGCUCAGUUUGCUAAAUUGAUUGAAGAGGGCCAAAUAGAAAGUGGUAGUGGGUUAAACCAAGAAUCAUCUAUUGCUAGAGCGGGUGACACUCGUUGGGGUUCCCACUUUAGGACUCUCACUAGUUUGAUGACUUUGUAUGGUGCCAUUAUUGGGGUACUUGAAGAAGUUGGAAAUGAUACGUCAUUUGAAAAAUAUGGUGAAACUAUGCUUUUGUUAGAUGUGCUUCAAUCAUUUGAUUUUAUCUUCAUGUUAUAUAUGAUGGUUGAGAUUUUAGGAUUUACAAAUGAUUUGAGUGUAGCGUUACAAAAGCGUGAUCAAGAUCUUUUGAAUGCUUUGUCACUUGUCAAUGCUACCAAACAAGAAUUACAAGAAAUGAGGAAUGAUGGAUGGGAAGAGCUUAUAUCUAAGGUUAUGGAAAUUUGCAAUAAGCUUGACAUUGAUGUGCCUGACAUGGAUGCAUCAUAUGUGCAAGGGAAGAAACCUAGGCGACAUGCUACAACUUCUAGUGUUUCUAAUUUGCAUCAUUAUAAGCAUGAUUGUUUGUUUAAUGUUUUAGAUUUGCAGUUUCACGAGCUCAAUGCUAGGUUUGAUGAAGAGAAUACUGAACUUUUAGAAUGUGUUUCAUGUUUGAGUCCUUCAUCGUCAUUUACAGCUUUUGAUGUGAAAAAGUUAUUAAGGAUGGUUGAACUUUAUCCAAAUGAUUUUGUGGAUGUGCCGGAAGUGGUGAUGCGACAUCAACUUCAAAAUUAUGUUAGAAAUGUUCGAUGUGAUCCAAAAUUUGCAAAUUUAAAAGGACUUUCAGAUCUUUGUGCAAAAUUUGUGGAAACAAAUAAGUGCAACACAUUUGAUAUGGUUUAUAAGCUUCUGAAAUUGGCUUUAGUCUUGCCGGUAGCAACUGCAAGUGUGGAACAUGUUUUUUCAGCUAUGAAGUUUGUGAAGAGUCAAUUAUGUAACAAAAUGAGUGAUCAGUGGUUAAAUGAUCGUCUUGUAACUUUUGUAGAAAAAGAUGUUCUUGGAACAAUUAACAAUGAUGUUAUUUUAGCUCAUUUUCAAGAAAUGAAUGAUAGACGAUUUUCAUUGUAA